GAGCUGUCUUGCCGCCAUCGAGUGGUACUGCGGCGUGCCGCUCGCUCGGUGUAUCGAGACAGCACAAGUCAGCAGGUCAUGUUUCGAGCUUGUCCUGGGACAAUUCACAAGGCCUAGCGCAAAUCAGUACUGUGUGAAUCAUGGGGCGUGUUGCUGCGGACGGGAUUUGAGACUUGGGGCUGUCAGCUGCUUUGCAAAGCCUUCGAUUAAUCGAGCAGACUACAGAGCUACGCCGCGCAGUGACACUGUGGACGGGAUCUCUCACUCUCCCUCUCUCUCUUUUUCUGACGGAAAUCAUCCAAGAUCAAGACCAAGAGCAGCGACGAGAGAGAAGACGAGAGAUGAACAAGAGGUCUGCGCAGAAAUCGUAUGAGAGUAAGAAGAAGAUGCGAUUCGAUUUGGAAAAGGAAAACACAGAACUAAUGGAGAUGCAGAAACAACUGCUGCAAGAGAAAAGUCAGCUGGAAGAGACCCACUCUCUCCUGGAGCUCAUGUACAAAAUCAUGAAGCACAAGUGCAACGACACAGGCUCGUUUUGUGGCAGCAAGAGGCCCGGCUCAAGCAUAAGGUCCACGAGUCCCCCCAGAAAAGAUAAGCAACUGGUCAUCAGUUUGAACGAGGGGCCUCUCCACAUUGACCACUCUUCACUCGAGCUGGGAGCUACUGUGGAGAUCGGCCAACAACAACACAGCAUCAGUAGCUUCGAUCUCUGCAAUUCAAGCGACGACGAGGCGCAAAUAAAACAGCAACCGGUCGAAUUAAGGGGAAAAUCCAGUCGAAGAGGACACGUUGGUUCGGUGGUCGCCGCAUACUGAUACAUAGUAGUGAUAGCGAUAGAUGAAGCAAACAAAGAUCGUACAUAGGCUAACAAGAUAGUUCACUCAGCCA